AGGCUGAGGCAGGAGAACGGCACGAACCCAGAGGCAGAGCUGGCAGUGAGCCGAGAUUGCGCCACUGCACUCCAGCCUGGGCGACGGAGCGAGACUCCAUCUCAAAAAAAAAAAAAAAAAAAAGAAAGUGCAAGACAGCAAUAAUGACAUUAUUUUUGCAAAAGAAGGAAAUUACCUUUUAUCUUCACGUUUCAGCACAUUGAUGAUAAUAAGCCUGCCUCUCUCCACAGAAUCCUAGUUUGCCAUCAGGAAAGGUCUUGUCACCCAGUUUCUGACUGUGUGUGAGGACUGUGGCCCUGAGAGCACAUAGGGAGUCUCUCGGGAAGGACACAGUGUGGUUCAGAGCCGGCCUCUGCCACCUGGAAAAGCUGGUCUUGUGACUUCUGUGGUACAACCUAGGAAAUGGGCCCCCAGGCCUUAAACAGAUGAAGGAAAUCUUACUGACAGUGGGGUUCCCUGCCUUGCCAAGGAAGUUCCUGAAACUCAAGAGGGCCAGGGUGAAGAAGGCUCAGGAGGGUCAGGACCCCAGUUUCAGAGCCCAGGCAGGCGGACUGGCCUUGGAGAGAAGCCACAAAGUAAGGAGGGGUGGGGGCAGGAUUCUUCCCAUGGUUUCUUAGUUGGCUGGGGGUUUACAAUCACCUGGGAGCCUUUAAAAGCUAAAGCCGGCCAGUUGCGGUUGCUCACGCCUAUAAUCCCAGCACUUUGGGAGGCCGAGGUGGGUGGAUCACUUGAAGUGAGGAGUUCGAGACCAGCCUGGCCAACAUGGUGAAACCCCGUCUCUGCUAAAAAUACAACAAUUAGCUGGGCGUGUUGGCACAUGCCUGUAAUCCCAGCUACUCAGGGGGCUGAGACAUGAGAAUCUCUUGAACCUGGGAGGUCGAGGCUGCAGUGAGCUGAGAUUAUGCCACUGCCCUCCAACCUGGGUGAAAGAGUGAGACUCUGUCUCAAAAAGAAAAAAAGAAGCUGAACAUACACCUGCCUUAUGACCUAGCGCUUCUAAUCCUAAGUGUUUACCCACGGAAGUGAAUACUUGCGUGCACAAGACUGGUACUAGAAUUUUCAUAGCACUUUCAUAAGAGGCAAAAACUGGAAACUGCCUAAAUGUCCAUCAGUAGUAAAACGAAUAAAUAAAUUGUGGUCUAUCCAUAUUUCAAACGCAUUGCUGAGUAAAAGCAGACACAUACACGAGUAUGUAUGGUAUGAUUCUGUUCAUUUAAAGUCCCAAAAGCAGCAAAAGCACUCUGUGGUGCUGGAAGUCGGGAUGAUGGCUAUCCAUGGCCAGGAGGGUGUGGCCAGUGAAACUAGAGGAAGCAGCGGGUAGUUCUGGGGGCCUGGUUCCCAGGUGUGUACUCGUUUGUGAAAUGCAUUGAAUUGUACAUUUACUUAACAUGUGCUUUUCUAUAUGUAAAUAAUACUUCAACAACAAUUUAAGAAAUCUAUAGUUAUUUAAAUGCUAUUCCCAGAUAUUCUGAUUUAACUGGUUUGAGACAGAGCUCAGGCAUCAUUUUUUUUUUUUUUUAAAGGACUGCAGGCUGAGCACAGUGGCUCAUGCCUGUAAUCCGAGCACUUUAGAAAGCCGAGGUGGGAGAAUUGCUUGAGGCCAGGACCAGCCUGGGCAACAGAGCAAGACCUUAUCUCUAUAAAAAAAUUUAAAAAAAAAUAGCUGGGCAUGGUGGCAUACACCUGUAGUUUCACCUACUUUGGGAGGCUUAGGCAGGAGGAUCACUUGAGCCCCAGGAAGUUGAGGCUGUGGUGAGCUAUGAUUGCACCACUGUGUUCCAGCCUGGGCAACAGAGCAAGACUCCAUCUCUUAAAAAAAAAAAAAAAAAAAAAAAGCACCGCAGGUGAUUCUAAUGUGCACCCAGCGGCUACACUUUAGAGUUAAAAGGAGAGUGUCCUUUCCCCCGAAGUAGGAGGUGAGCUGAGUGAGAAGUGCGGGUGGAGUGAAGAGACCUUGUCGGGGGAUCUGGAGCAGCCACUGGGGGGAAGAGUCCCAGGUCCAGCCUAUUGAGCCCCAGUUUGCGAAGUUUUAUCCAGGACAGAUGUCCACGAAGCUUCCUGUCCUUGGAUGGCUAUUUCCCUGGUUUCUGGGUUUGUACUGUUGGGGCCUGUUGCCAUGAUGUGUUUUUGUUUGGAAGAGAACAGUGGUGUUUUCAGGUCUCUGCUUGGAGCUCACUGGGGCUGAGCGUCCUGGCUGGCUGCACAAAAGGGUGGAGCUGUCUUUGGCCUGGCCUUGAGAAGAGUUGGCAGGACCCACAGGGUCCACAAGAAGUCAGCUUGGGAGAGUGCGGUCACCUCCUUGGAGGAGGAGAUGCCCAAGGAGACCACCCCACCCCAGCUGUGGGGAAGGCCCUGCCUGUGACCACGCAGGCCCGGCUGAGAUUUGUGCUUCAGCAUCAGCCACAGGCUUGGCCACUGCCAGAGGCUUGGAUGAGUACUGGAGGGAGGUUUGCCCUGUGGUUAGGAAGGGCUGGGAAGGCUGGGGGAGUGUUGCCAGGGCAUGGCCCGCCCAGGGGCCUGCAGCCCACUGGAGACAGGAGGGGCCCAGCCUGUGCUUUCACCCAAAUACCCUAUCCUGCCCAGACCCUUUAUUCUUUGCUUGGGCCUCCUACCUCCCACCUGAGUUCCUCUUUGAUCAGUCAGCCACCCUGGGCUGAGUGCCUUGAGGUACCGAACCAGAGCUCCUGGAGGAAAGGGCCCUGCUGUGGGGGACCCCAUCAGCUCCUGUCCAGCCUGUCCCCUCCUUUCCUUCUGGGUGUGUCAUUCUCUGCACCCCCUCACUCUUACUGCCUUGCUUUUUCCUCUCCUUCUCCCUUUUGGGGUGUUAUCUCUUUUUCCCUGUCUCUCCUUCAUUCAUUCAGCAAACACUGGGUGCUGGCUGUAUGCUGGGGAUACAGAGAUGUACGGGACACGCCCUUGCUGGAGCUCAGAGUCAACUGGGGGACACAGAUGUGUAAACAGACAAGCACACUCUGGUGUGGUAAGUGCUGGGGCAGCAGCCUGCAAGAAGCGACAGUGGACCACAGAAGAGGGAUGAGCCCCUCUGCUGGGGGAAACUGAGGAAGGCUUCACAGAGGUGGUGACGUUUCACCUGGGGCUUGAAGGAUGACCGGAACUCCCCAGGUAGAUAAGCAUGAGAAGGGUAAGCAGGUAUGCAGGCAAAGCACGCAGGUGUGAAGGGCUGCUGUGGCAUAGAAGUGAAGGUGCUGGGCUGUACUGCAGGGGAGGGAAUGACGGGCGAUGAGGCUGGAAAGCAGGAAGGUCUGGGAGGCCAGCUGAAGAAGUGACGGGAAGUGAAGAAGGAGCAUCAGCAGGAGAGUGGCAGGAUCAGACCCGGGCCCCAGCUGGCCCUCUGGGCAGUGUGCAUGUGGGAGAGAGGCAGUGUGUACCCACACAGCCGGAGGCAGUUUUGGUCAGGGAGCUGUUGCCAGCAUCUGGGAAAAGGAUUGUGGCCUGGGCUUGCAUGGUGUAGUGGGAAUGAGAAAAGAGAUGGUUUUAUGGGUUAUCUCGGGGGGGACCUGAGGGCUUGAUUGGCUGUGGAGGUGAGGAGAAGAAUGAGUGGAGUAUUCUGGCCUGGGUAACUGUGGGGAGAUGAGAGCCUUUCACAGACAUUGGAUGCCAAGGAGGAAGCGGGUUUGGGGGGCCGCUACUGAGAUUACAUGCAUGGACACGUCUGGAUGGCAGGGUGUGAAGCUCGGGAGGGUGUGGGUGUCAAGGUUACAGAGGUAGACUUGGGAGUGACUGCCUGGUGUGGGUAUUUGGAGCCUGGGGGAGGUGUGCAGAGCAGAGUGCCUGUGUCAGGUGCACCACGAGGCCCCUAGACUCCUGUGUAUCUGGGCUCCCACUCACUGCCCCCUCCUCUCCUGCCCUGUCUCCCCAUUCUUGACAUCUCCCUGUGCUGGUGCCAUCCCUGCCCUCUGGCAGCUUCUCAGGCUGGGGAGCUCCCUACCUGCCUCAUGAUGUGAAAAGCUCAGGGAGUAUUUUUUGCUGCAUGGGGCUGGAGAGCAGGCAGACACCUCCUGUGCCCUCUAGGGAGGGGCCUUCCUGCCUUCAGACCAUGCUCAGCCAGGGGAAGGGCCUCAUCGGAGGAUUUCCAAUCUUUUGUACCUCCUUUAAUGUCAAAACACUGCCACUCCCCUGCUCCAUACCUCUCCUGACAUAAAUUAGGUAGUUUUUUAUGGCUUCCAGGACUCCUGACAUGAAUUCCACAGCUGGGGCAUGGGGAUGGGACGGGACUGGAUGGGACAGAGCGGGAAGAGAUGUGGUUCACAACCCACAGGGCAUGAACACCUAGCGCAAGAAAAAGUCUGUGAGUAGAGUCUACAGCGGCUGCCUGCAGGGUGGGGGACCAGGCUGAGCCCUGUGCUCUUGAAGCCUCCUUCUUGGCCCUCUGGGUUGGGGCCCAGCUGGUCACUGGGUGUCCCCUGCCUGACUGGUUCUGCUGGUGAGUGCUCAGUGACCAGUCUGCCCUGUACUUCUUCAGUUGGCACUACUCCCAUUUUUUUAUUUUCAUUCGUCAAAAUAAACACUACAGGGGAGAAGACACCACUAUUGAGUGGAAAGUGAACUGAAGAUCGUUUUGAGAGCGUGGCAGGUUUACUCAUUUUGGCCAUAGGCAGGGUCUCUGAGCCAAGAGCAUUAUCAGCAGAGAGACAGGAGGAACUGGCUUCAGUGGGCAAACAGAAAGGAAUGGCUUGCAACCAUCCUCUUGAUCAUGUGUAAAGGAGUUGGCUUUUUUUUUUUUUUUUAAGACAGAAUUUCACUCUUGUCGCCCAGGCUGGACUGGAGUGCAAUGGUGUGAUCUCGGCUCACUGAAACCUCCACCUCCCGGGUUCAAGCGAUUUUGCUGCCUCAGCCCCUUGAGUAGCUGGGAUUACAGGUGCCCGCCACCAUGCCCAGCUAAUUUAUAUAUUUUUAGUAGAGAUGGGGUUUCACCAUGUUGGCCAGGCUGGUCUUGAACUCCUGACCUCGGGUGAUCCACCUGCCUCAGCCUCCCAAAGUGCUGGGCUUACAGGCAUAAGCCACUACACCUGGCCAGGAGUUGGCUUUUAAUUUAAAGAGACUUGAAAGUUGGCCGGGUUUGGUGGCUGAGCCUGGUCUGAAGGCAGGAAAGCUCCUCCCCGGAGUUGUCGUGAGCGCCUGCUGCAUGCUCAGCACUGGACUCAGGGGAUUCAAUGAAGGACCAGGCAGAGUCUGUGAGCCCCCGGAGAUGCACAGUCAUGGCACACAGACACAGUGUGACAGAUGCUGAGCAGAGACUUCCGAUCAGGGUGCUGUGACAACCAACAAAUGCACGGAAAGACAGCUUCUCUGAACAGUCCUGUGUCCUGCAAAGAGAAACCAGACAGAGUUGAGGAGCCCCCGGACUACAGUCUGCACUGGCCAGAAGGCUUGAAGGGUGAAGAGAUAAAGAAGUGUGGCCGAGAAGGGAUAACACUGAAUAAAUACAACCAGCAAUACCACAAGCUGUUUAAGGAUGUUCCCUUGGAGGAAGUGGUUCUCAAAGUGUGUUCCUGUGCCCUCCAGAGGGACCUCCUCCUCCAGGGCCGGCUCUACAUCUCCCCCAACUGGCUCUGCUUCCAUGCCAGCCUCUUUGGCAAGGAUGUCAAGGUGGUCAUUCCUGUGGUGUCUGUGCAAAUGAUCAAAAAACACAAGAUGGCACGGCUCCUUCCCAAUGGACUGGCCAUCACCACCAACACCAGCCAGAAGUAUAUCUUUGUGUCACUGCUCUCCCGGGACAGUGUAUAUGACCUGCUGAGGAGAGUCUGCACCCACCUACAGCCUUCCAGCAAGAAGAGUCUGAGUGUAAGAGAAUUUUCAGGGGAACCUGAGUCUCUGGAAGUCCUCAUCCCUGAGAUGAAGUGGAGAAAGGUAUGCCCUUCCUCCAGGUCCCUGUCUCUCCCAGACAACAUCCCUUGUGUCCCUCCAUCAUCCGUGGACUCCACAGACAGUUUCUUCCCCUCCAGGAAGCCUCCAAUGUCUGAAAAGUCAAGAGCCCAAGUAGCUUCAGAAAAUGGUGGGAGGUGGGCAUGGCCCAUGCCAGGCUGGGGUCCUGCCUGCCCUAAGAAGAUGCCGAACUGCUCUCCCACUGCAAAGAAUGCUGUCUAUGAGGAGGAUGAGCUGGAGGAGGAGCCCAGGAGCACUGGGGAGCUGAGGCUCUGGGAUUACCGGCUCCUCAAGGUCUUCUUUGUGCUGAUCUGCUUCCUGGUCAUGUCCUCAUCCUACCUGGCGUUCCGUAUUUCUCGGCUAGAGCAGCAGUUAUGCUCCUUGAGUUGGGACGGCCCAGUCCCUGGGCACAGGUAACAGCCACUUGGCCUUUGUCCCCAUUCCUUCUCCAAGAAGAAUGUUCUGGGUGCUAAGUCUCCACCAAUGAUCCCUGUGGUUUAUGCUGCUGCUGUGCUAAGACUGCCUAUGAAGGAAAAUAUUCCAGAUCCCUCCUCCUCCCCGCAGCUCUUCUCUUCCCUCUAUGAGAGAUCUGAAGUACGUGUUUACAAAGUAACUGGCUUCUACAAUUUUUGGACUCAAGCAAAAAGCCAGAUUUUUUGGAACCAACUGAGGAAUUCUGUACACAAAGCUUCAGCAAACACUUAGAGAAAACAAACAAACAAACAAACUGGGUCCUUGGAAACAGUUCUGGCACACAGGCAGAACACUGGAGGCCACCUCAAGGGACAGAGGCCAUGCUUUCGCAUUUGGAAUGUGGCUCUGCCACACAGCUCACUCCUAUGGUGGGGUCAGAGGUCAGAACACAAACCACCCAUGUGGGCUCUGCUCCCUCCCAACACUCUGUGUUCCCACAGGGCUUCUCUGCGGGCAGCCAGGCACCUGUCAGGCUUGGGCAGGGGCCUGCUGAGAAUCUGUGAAUGCAGAGGGAGGGCUCAUGGCCAGGAUUCCAGCCAGAGAUGAAUUUCCAUGCUCUGGGCCAGGGCUCUGUGCCGGCCCCUCAUGAGGUGGCUGGCUGCAUUAUGGGGAGAUGCUGCCCACGGCAGAGAUGGUGGCAGUGGCUGUGAAGAACAGAGGUACCCGAAUUCUGUGUCCUCAGCUGUCACUUUCCGGUGAGACAGGUGGAGCAGGGCCUUUGAUCACUGUGGUCACAGACCUGGUACUGGGUUUUGCCCUUGUGUGUUCAAACAUUUCUAAGGUGUCCCAAGCCCUGGAAAUAGGGAAGGGAAGGGUGGAGGCUUGGAUCUGAGGUCUUGCUGUCCACUCUCUGCCUGCCUGCCCGCAUCUCAGGCAUGGCCAACAGCAGCCCGUUGAGGGGGGCUUGUCUGGACAGGUGCGUGUGAUGGUGUUGAGCCAUCACAGGGCAGAGGUCACUUGUGUCACCCCCAUAGUCAUUGGGUUGCAGGCCAUGGAGGAGGGACCUCCACUCCAUGGGGCCUAUUCUCCAUUAAGGUGGAAGUGUCCACUGUGGGCCUAGCACAGUGCAGGAACCAGGCCAGGGGGUCUAUCUCAUACCUCUGGGGACAGGAAAGGUAGAGGAUGAGGAGGUUGGACGUGGUGGUGGCUUUGCCUUGGAUAUUCCUCUUCCUCUAUCAAGGCCUUCUCUUCUUCUCUGUGUCCCACAACUCUGGCCUCAUCGCCCUGGGACUCCCAUCUGCUAAGAUAGUGGCUUUGGAGGUUCUGGAAGGGCCUUAGUGAGGAGGCCAGAAGUAUCAGGGAAAGUUGCUGGUGAUGGGGUGGGCGGUGUCAGAAGCAGCCACUGUUUUCCCCUCUUCAGACACUGAGAGAUUAAUCAGGGAAUGAAAUCCAGGUGGAAAUUAUUUAUUGUGGAGCAGACGACUGUCUGUCCUGUUUAUGACAAACCCAAAUGAGAACUGGAGGGACUACCGGUAAGUGGUCUCUUCAUGCUCUCCCCAUCCCAGUUUUUAGGAUGAAAUUUAGAGCCUGGCCUUUUGUGUUGCUUGCACCAAAUCUGUAUGUCUCAGGUGAAACUCACUGUUCCAUGAAUGGUCAUCCUUUUUUUUUUUUUGGAACCAGCCCCUUUCACCCUUUCAUCCGUCUUUUUUUUUAGGAAAAUAACCCUUCUUGCUUCAGCACUUCUCCCUGGUCCUUGCUGAAAGACAGAUAAAAAUCCAUUCUCUGAGCCUUGCUUGGUUGUCAGAGGCCAUGAGAGGUGCCAGUUAUAGGUGGAUGUGCCAAGAUGCUGGCGAACUUGGUCUUCAGCUAUACCCAGGCUCAGAAAGGGCAAGAGCCAUGCUGCAGCGUAGGUGACUUUGGAGGUGCACUUGGGGCCCAGGGCUUUGAGUGUUGCGGGUGUGCCUGUCCUUCCAGAUGGUGCUCUGUUUCUCCCUGUUGUCCCCCUGCCUGGUCCUCUGGGGCCACUGUGCUUUCUGCUAUGUGCAUUUAUAAAUGAUGUGUAUUUUAUAUAGACCUGCUUGCAUUGGCUGAUGCUCCUCUAAUUCCCUGAGUUUGAUUCAACCACCCUUGGGUUGUUUUGCUAUGGCCUUAGCCUUUGAAAAUAUUUUAAAAUAAAAAACUUGAUUUUUCUGGUGUA